GUUAGACUGUCCAAUCAAAAGCAGUUUUACUUUUCUCCGAUCUGUCAUACCAGUUUGACAUGCCAGCACCCCCUGAAAAAAAUAUCAAAAGUUAAUACCAAAAUAUGGCACAGUACAAGCAACAGCAAAAUCGUUUCUAUAAUGAAAGAGGGUUUCAGCCAGAUGAGGAAUUGUCAGAAAUUUUGACAAAGUUAUGGAAUUUAGAUGACAACAAAUGUUACCCGGACAAAGACUUUACUAUAGAUCUCCAGAGAUAUGUAUCCUAUCACCGACGAGAAGAUCAGUCCAGCGAGCCUUUAUUCCAGUGGCUGGAUGAGUCAGUGUUUGAAAGAGAAACAUACCGAACAUUUAGAGCGUUAUUGAACAAUUAUGAGAUGCAGUGUGGGGAAGCGGAAGUGGUGACACGAGAGGAGAUUAUGGAGAAUCGGGAAUUUAUUAAUGCUAUCAUGGAGACAGAAGUAAUGAAAGAAUGCCACAGAUAUCUGAUAAAAGAGGGGAAAGCACCAGAAGAUGUGGGAAAAUUUAAAUGUCAGGUUUACAAUCUGUGGUUUAUGCUCAUCAGAAGAACAAAAGGUGACAGGGACCAGGAUUCGAGCAGUUUCGAGCAUGUGUUUGUUGGUGAAUAUCGAAACAAGGAGUUUAUUGGUCUGCACAAUUGGAUACAGAUUUAUCUACUAGAAAAAGCUGGCAAAAUAGAUUAUCAUGGGUAUCUGAAAAGGGACACGAUAAAGCAAGAUCAAUUUCCACGAUUGUUAGCACUGCAAUUUACAUAUCAUGAUGAGGAAGACGGUCCUAUGGAGAAACCAGUUUGUAGUACAUUCCUGGGUACCAGUCCAGAGUUUGAAAUUGCAGCAUAUACUCUCUGCUUUUUUCAUAAACAGGGCAAGAUUGAUGUUCAGCUGGAUGAGUAUGAGGUGGAGAUGGCCUGUUUGCCUCUCGGUAAAAAUCAUGUAGGGACAGCAUAUAUAGCUGCAGCCAAGUUUUAGUCUACAAAGGACCAGCUGUAUCAGACUAUGCAAAUCAUUACACAUGUUACUGUAGUUUUCACAUAUUUACACAAUAGCAACAUAAUUGCAACUUAACAAAUUAUUUUUACUCUCCUUGUAAAAAGAGAUUAAUCCUUUAUAUAGGGGUUUGUUAUAUAGCAAGUUAGGAUUUGGGCAUUAUUUAUAGAAACUUUCAGUAUGUAGGUGUAUGGAUAUAUUUUACUCCAAAAUUCCUUCAGUUUCUUUAAAGGCACUGACCUCCAGAUAUUGGCUAAAAAUGAUCUCUUUUUUUAGCCCACCAUCAUCAGAUGGUGGGCUAUUAAAAUCACUCUGCGUCCGUGGUCCGUCCGUCCGUCAUUCCGUCCGUCCGUCCGUUAACAAUUUCUCGUUAUCGCAUCUCCUCAGAAACUACUGGGGGGAUUUUGACCAAACUUUGUCAGAAUGAUGUGUUGGUACCCUAGUUGUGUCCCCCUGAAAAUCAGACUGGUUCAACAAUUUAUGAGUGAGUUAUGGCCCUUUGUUUAUUUCUAUAUUUUACAUAGAUUUAUAUAGGGAAAAACUUUGAAAACCUUCUUGUCCAAAACCACAGAGCCUAGGGUUUUUAUAUUUGGUUUGAAGCAUCAUCUAGUGGUCUUCUACCAAGAUGAUUCAAAUUAUACCCCUAGGGUCAAAUAUGGCCCCGCCCUGGGGGUCAUAUGGUUUACAUAGACUUAUAUAAGGAAAAACUUUGAAAAUCUUCUUGUCCAAACCAAAAAGCCUAAGGCUUUGAUACUUGUAAUGUAGCAUCAUCUAGUGGUUCUCUACCAAGUUUGUUCAAAUUAUCCCCCUAGGGUCAAAAAUGGCCCCGCCCCGGGGGUCACAUGGUUCAUAUAGACAUAUAUAGGGAAAAGCUUUUAAAAUGUUCUUGCCAAUAACUACAACAUUCAAAUUUGGACCACGUAUAUUUUUGAGGGGCAAGAUGAACCUUGACAUGAGUUGACCUCGAUUUUGACCUAGUGACCUACUUUCACAUUUCUGUAGCUACAGCCUUUAAAUUUGGACCACAUGUAUAUUUUUGAGUGGCAAGAUGAACCUUGACAUGAGUUGAACUUGAUUUUGACCUAGUGACCUACUUUCACAUUUCUGUAGCUAAAACCGUCAAAUUUGGACCACAUGCAUAGUUUUGUGCACUGGAAAAAACUUUUACCUUGAUUUUGACCUAGUGACCUACUUUCACAUUUUUGAAGGUACAGGCAUCAAAUUUGGACCAUAUGCAUAGUUCAGUGUUUCAAAAUGAAAUUUGACAUUGAUUUUGACCUAGUUACCUACUUUUACAUUUCUCAAGCUACAGCCUUCAAAUUUGGACCACAUGCAAAGGUUUGUGUACCGAAAAAAACUUUGACCUUCACGUUGACCUAGUGACCUGCUUUCACAUUUUUGAAGGUACAGGCUUCAAAUUUGGACCACAUGCAUAGUUUUGUAUUCCGAAAUAAAAUUUGACCUUGAUUUUGACCUAGUGACCUACUUUUACAUUUCUCAAGCUACAGCCUUCAAAUUUGGACCACUUGCAUAGUUUUGUGUACCGAAAUGAACUUUGACCUUUACAUUGACCUAGUGACCUACUUUCACAAUUUUAAGGUACAGGCUUUAAACUUGGACCACAUGCAUAGUUUUGUAUUCCAAAAUAAAAUUUGACCUUGAUUUUGACCUAGUGACCUACUUUUACAUUUCUCAAGCUUUACCCUUCAAAUUUGGACCACAUGCAUAAUUUUAUGUACCGAAAUGAACUUUGACCUUUACAUUGACCUAGUGACCUACUUUCACAUUUUUGAAGGUACAGGCUUCAAAUUUGGACCACAUGCAUAGUUUUGUAUUCCGAAAUAGAAUUUGACCUUGAUUUUGACCUAGUGACCUACUUUUACAUUUCUCAAGCUACAGCCUUCAAAUUUGGACCACUUGCAUAGUUUUGUGUAUCGAAAUGAUCUUUGACCUUAAGAUUGACCUAGUGACCUACUUUCACAUUUCUGUAGCUACAGGCUUCAAAUUUAGACCACAUGCAUAGGAUUGUGUACCGAAACAAACUUUGACCUUGACAUUGACCUAGUGAUCUACUUUCACAUUUCUCAAGCUACAGCUUUCGAGUUUGGACCAUAUGCACAGUGUUGUGUACGGAAAUGAAAUUUGACCUUGAGGUAGUCAGUAAGUCUUGAAAUUUGGAACACCCAAAAAUGGCACAUUGGUGGGCGCCAAGAUCACUCUGUGAUCUCUUGUUUUAAAUUAAAGUUUGGUCAUACUAUGAACAUUAGAAUACGAGUUUUUAUUUCUAACUAUCUUAAAAAUGCCAAAUCAAGAAAAAUCAUGGCAAUAAAAACUUCCCUUGUCGUUACCAAUACCGCCACAGAGGAGUAUGUAUUUCAUGUCGUUAAGUAUAGAUAUUUAUAAUUUAGGCAGUUUACCUCAAGUAAAGCUUUACAAAUGCUUUUUGAUUUUCAUUGUAAAAAUUAGUAAAAACAACUACAUGUAAUUCUCAUGUGUUUCCAUAACAUAUAGUCUGUCAGUAAUUAAGUUUCAAAGCAUUCAUUAAUUUCCCGAUACCUUAUUCUUUUUUGUUGAGGUAUGAUCUGGAGGUCAGUGCCUUUAAAGAGAAUGUAUUACUAUAGUUUUCUCUUACCUGGAAUAUGAAAAUUUUGUGUAUGCCCCUGCUGACUUUAUUAGCAGGUUCCUUCUUUUAAAGAUUAGUUACAAAAAAUUUUGAACAUCCCUCUCUAUUUGAUAACUCAAAAUGUGGAACAGUAUUAGAAACAACUAGCCGACAAUUUGCACUUUUAGUGUUACUCUUCACAUUAGAAACCAUAAAACAGCAUAUUUUGAAUGACCAGGCAAAGACAGUAUUACUGUUGUGGUAUGCCUUACAAAAUUGCAGGAAUUAUAAUUGUGCCAAUUCGCAGGUUGUAUAUUUUUCAAAGUGAAAUAUUUGUAUACUGGAAUAUGUUUCAUAGAAAGGUUGUAAGACUUUUUAUCUUUCAUCAGGUUUAUAUGAACAUGCAUUUGCAUACUCUGUUUUACAUGACAUUUUCCUUGCCUUUAGUCAAAUCUUGCUCAGUAAAAAAAUAUUUUUCAUGUUGUAAACUUAGUAAAUAGUUAUAGGUAUAUAUUAGGCUGUGGAAUCUUAUAUUUUUCAGUUUUACGUCAGUGACACUUGUUUUUCAUUUCUUGCCUUUUCACAUUUUUGCAUUUACAUUUCUGUUAAAAUGUGUAAAUACUGUUUUUAGUGAAUUUACACCUGGUGUGUUGGCAAUUUUUUAUGAUAUUUGAAAACUAUUUUAUACUUGAAUUUGUGUAAACUUAAGGAAGUGAAUCUGGUAAUUUCUGUUCAAUUACGUAUUCUUGUUUGCUAUAUAUGUAUUCUUAAGCAGCACAUGGCCUUUGUAUUAGCUGAAAAAUGUGAAAAUUACAUUAUGAAGAAAACGUAAUGAAAAAGAAAUUUCCAAUUGUUAUUGUUGGUCCACUACCUUAAAAAACUACAUGGUGAAGAGUACAUGAGUGUGGCAGAUUACUUUGAACUGUCAAAAUUAAAUCAAAUGCAAACAAAGAAGAAUGAAAUGCUGUUAUUCCAUGCAUUUUGAAUUUAAAGUGGUGCUACAUAACAUUUUACCUCCUAGAAUCUCAUAAUGCUCUAACUUUUUGCAAACUAUAUGUUUAUGUUCUUAUCAGUAGUAUAUUCAAUUUUUUGUUUAUAUCGGCUUAUAUGUAGUUCUUUAUAAACAUGUUGGUGCCUUUGGUUUGAACCCAAGGUAAAUUUUAUUGCAUUAUUAUAUCUUUGUUAUUGAUUUAUACUUGCAGAAAGGAGUUUGGGAAUGAAAACAAGCCAGUUUAAUUUUUAUAUUUUCUUACCUUGGAAUAUGCCAGUGAAAGUCGAAAGACAGGCUUCAUUUCAAAUGGGUUGAUGCAACUGUGUCUCAGAUAUGCUUUUACAGCCUGAAGGGGAAAAAAGCUAUUUAACAAGUUAUCAUGUGAUAAAUUUACCUGUAAAUGUAUCUUGAAAUUAUCAAAAAACAAGUUUGAAAACCAGUCUCAAAAGUCUAGCAUCUGAUUCGCUAUUUCUAAGAACAACUUUGAAAUUGACCAAUGACAAGGCUGCAUUCAAAGACUGGUAUCCAAUCUUAGUUUUAUAAAUUUGUACCAUUUUCUGGGGUAGAUCCUGUUCGCUAAAUAUCAUUCAACACUAGUGGUAAUGAAAGAAUACAUGACACCUACAACUACUAUAUUCAUGGGGUUUUCACAAGAUGAUUACCAGGUCCCACUAUUAAAAUUUUACUUAACACUGAGAAUAAAUCUAGAUUUAUAUAUUUUUUAGAACGUGUAGAGUUUCUCUUUUCAAAACAAAACAAAACAAAACCUACUAAACUUAGGGUUGCAUUAUUAAUGACAUGGGGAAAGGUCAGUCAUAUGAUUUGUUUUCGAUGAAUGAACAUUUUUAACAUUUUUUUCUGUAGCUUGUUGCGUCUUCCUAAACUGUUAAAUGUUUAAAAUGCACCAUUAAACAUGCAAUAUUUUCUUUUUAAUUCUGUGCAAUAAAACAACUGUUAAACUUUGUUUUGUAGUAUUGAGAAUUUAUUCAGUAUGUUUUCCAGUGAAAAACUAUAUUGAAAGCACUUCUUCUUUUUCAAUAGUUUGUUUCAAAAGAGGUACUAUAUUACUUACAUUGGCUAUCGUGAAAUUACUCCAGUUCGAUAAAACUAGAGUUUUGAGACCAUUCCCAGAAAUGCUGCUUUGUUAUUGGACAAUUUCAACAUUGAACUCAGUAACAGCCAAUCAGGUGCUAGAAUUGCGAGACAGGUCUCUCAACUGUAGAUUUAUGAUCUAGGACUUGUGUCUUCUUAUUGUCAACCUACAUUAGCUGUUGAUUAGCUGUUGCAAAUAUUAUGUUUAAAAUUUUACCUUGUUACAUAGUGUUCUUCACCUUGUUAUAAGUGUUCUAUUUUUAGCUCACCUGUCACAAAGUGACAAGGUGAGCUUUUGUGAUCGCGCGGUGUCCGUCGUCCGUCGUCCGUGCGUCCGUCCGUAAACUUUUUGCUUGUGACCACUCUAGAGGUCACAUUUUUCAUGGGAUCUUUAUGAAAGUUGGUCAGAAUGUUCAUCUUGAUGAUAUCUAGGUCAAGUUCGAAACUGGGUCACGUGCCUUCAAAAACUAGGUCAGUAGGUCUAAAAAUAGAAAAACCUUGUGACCUCUCUAGAGGCCAUAUAUUUGACAAGAUCGUCAUGAAAAUUGGUCAGAAUGUUCACCUUGAUGAUAUCUAGGUCAAGUUCGAAACUGGGUCACGUGCCGUCAAAAACUAGGUCAGUAGGUCUAAAAAUAGAAAAACCUUGUGACCUCUCUAGAGGCCAUAUAUUUCACAAGAUCUUCAUGAAAAUUCGUCAGAACGUUCAUCUUGAUGAUAUCUAGGUCAAGUUCGAAACUGGGUCACGUGCCUUCAAAAACUAGAUCAGUAGGUCAAAUAAUAGAAAAACCUUGUGACCUCUCUAAAGGCCACAUUUUUCAUGGGAUCUGUAUGAAAGUUGAUCUGAAUGUUCAUCUUGAUGAUAUCUAGGUCUAGUUCGAAACUGGGUCACGUGCAGUCAAAAACUAGGUCAGUAGGUCUAAAAAUAGAAAAACCUUGUGACCUCUCUAGAGGCCAUAUAUUUCAUGAGAUCUUCAUGAAAAUUGGUCAGAAUGUUUACCAUGAUGAUAUCUAGGUCAAGUUCGAAAUUGGGUCACAUGCCCUCAAAAACUAGGUCAGUAGGUCAAAUAAUAGAAAAACCUUGUGACCUCUCUAGAGGCCAUAUUUUUCAUGGGAUCUGUAUGAAAGUUGGUCUGAAUGUUCAUCUUUAUGAUAUCUAGGUCUUUUUCGAAAGUGGGUCACGUGCCGUCAAAAACUAGGUCAGUAGGUCAAAUAAUAGAAAAACCUUGUGACCUCUCUAAAGGCCAUAUUUUUCAUGGGAUCUGUAUGAAAGUUGGUCUGAAUGUUCAUCUUGAUGAUAUCUAGGUCAAGUUCGAAACAGGGUCAUGUGCAAUCAAAAACUAGGUUAGUAGGUCUAAAAAUAGAAAAACCUUGUGACCUCUCUAGAGGCCAUACUUGUGAAUGGAUCUCCAUAAAAAUUGGUCAGAAUGUUCACCUUGAUGAUAUCUAGGUCAAGUUUGAAACUGGGUCACGUGCCUUAAAAAGCUAGGUCAGUAGGUCAAAUAAUAAAAAAACCUUGUGACCUCUCUAGAGGCCAUACUUUUCAUGGGAUCUGUAUGAAAGUUGGUCUGAAUGUUCAUCUUGAUGAUAUCUAGGUCAAGUUUGAAACUGGGUCAACUGCGGUCAAAAACUAGGUCAGUAGGUCUAAAAUUAGAAAAAUCUUUUGACCUCUCUAGAGGCCAUAUUUUUCAAUGAAUCUUCAUGAAAAUUGAUCUGAAUGUUCACCUUGAUGAUAUAUAGGUCAAUUUCGAAACUGGGUCACGUGCGAUCAAAAACUAGGCCAGUAGGUAUAAAAAUAGAAAAACCUUGUGACCUCUCUAGAGGCCAUAUUUGUCAUGAGAUCUUCAUGAAAAUUAGUGAGAAUGUUCACCUUGAUGAUAUCUAGGUAAAAUUCAAAACAGGGUCACGUACCUUUGAAAACUAGGUCAAUAGGUCAAAUAAUAGAAAAACCUUGUGACCUCUCUAAGAGACCAUAUUUUUCAAUGGAUCUUCUUGAAAAUUGGUCAGAAUUUUUAUCUUGAUAAUAUCUAGGUCAGGUUCAAAACUGGGUCACAUGAGCUCAGAAACUAGGUCACUAUGUCAAAUAAUAGAAAAAACGACUUCAUACUCAAAACUGGGUCAUGUGGGAAGAGGUGAGCGAUUCAGGACCAUCAUGGUCCUCUUGUUUUUGUUAUUCCGUUUUUUAACUGUACCUUUAACGGAAGUUGUAAGAUUUAUACUGUAUUUCAGAAAUUAUAUGCUAUAUUAGUUAUGUAAUUUUGGGUAUUUAAAAUGUAGUUCAUUUUAUAUUUUUCUUCAUUCAUGGAAUAUUGGUUGUAUUUUUUAUUUCCCACUUGACGGGUAAUUGUAGGGGAAUGUUUUAUAUAAUGAUUUUAACUUUAUGCUCUUUCUUCCCAACUUAAGUGCCUGAGUGUUUCGAAAAUGAAUGUAAGACCUUACCAGAUUGGAUCUGUGUCUAAUAUUUUUGGGGUAGAAGGCUUUCUUCUCUUCCUUUUUUUUUUUUUGUUUAACUUUGCACAGACACAAUUAUAGGUCAUCACUCAUAAAUUAUGGUGACUUUCCAGCUGCGAUGGUGGAUGAAGACCCCCAGAUGCCCCUCUGUGCAUUAUUUCAUCACAGGCGGGCGGGCAUGUGGGUAGAACCACUGACCAUCCAUAAGCCAGCUGGAUGGCUUCCUCACAUGAAGAAUUUAAUGCCCAGAGUGAGGCUCAAACCCACAUCAGUGAGGGGCAAGUGUUUGGAAGGCUUUCAGCUGAUUGGAAGAAAAAAAGUUGAAGAAGUUAAAAACUUGAUUGAUGACAUAUAAAACAAAAUCAAAAUGACUUUUCUUGUUUAUUACUGAAUUACUACAUUAAGGUCCGGGUAUUUCCGCUGAAUAAAAACUAACAGGUUACAACUGAUUAUAUAGCAUAAAAAUUAUAUUGUGAGAACUUGAAUGAAUUUAUCGUGGUGGUAAAGUUAUCAGAAAGUCACAAAAAUUUGGUUUUAGUUUACUAAACACUUUGUAUUUUUUCCUUUGAAAAUUGAUAGGGACACUAAACAUAGAUCCAAUUUGAUAUGGUUAAAGGGAGCUCAUCAGCUUAAUCAGUUUUAUAUAUGUAAGGCACUUUACAAUCUGCUCUUUUCAUUACUGCCAAAUCAGAUUUGUCAACAGUAUAUUAUAUUCAGUCUUUUUUUAAUUACAAUACUUAAAGUGCAGAAUGUUACUAAAUAAAGGUUGACUUUCCAAAGUUUCUUUAAUCCUUAUGCUAGAUAUUUCCUGUGGUAAACUUUCUUGCCAGGUUAUCAACAUUUUAUACUAAUUGAUUAUUAAUAUUAUAUUAUACCAAGGUUGAGGUAAAUAAUCUAUUAUUUGUAGUAUUUUCAGUGUUCAUUUUUUUGUUACUGUAUGUAUUUUAGAAUAAAAUUUUGUAUGCACCUU